AUGGCUUUGCCAAAGUUUUUGCAGCCGAUAGGCUCCAAAGCCCCGGUUAACGCUGACCGGUCGUCUCUCGAGGUCGCUCAGGCCGAGGCGCCCCGGUUCGCGAAAGUGACCUGGUACAAAGAGCCUCACUUGCGAAACCUCUACUGCCUCAUUAUCUUUCUCUUGAUCGCUUCAGCAACCACCGGAUACGAUGGUAUGAUGGUCAACACCAGUCAGCAGAUGGAUAGGUGGAAGGAAUACUUCCCAGAGUACAAGAACGAGAGCAAGCUCGGUAUUUUGAUCAACAUGUACAACAUCGGUUCGAUCGUGUCCUUCUUCAUUACACCCUACCUUGCAGACAACUUGGGACGAAAGCCAACAAUCAUGAUUGGAUGUGUCAUCAUGAUUGCGGGUUCUUUCAUCUCUGCUUUCUGUAACGGUUACGGAAUGUACAUGGCUGGUCGCUUUGUUCUUGGUUUCGGCAACUCUCUGGCUCAGAUGUCUUCUCCUAUGCUUCUGACUGAGAUCUGCCAUCCUCAGCACCGUGGUCCUCUCACCGCUGUCUACAACUGUCUCUGGAACCUCGGAUCUCUGAUCGUCUCUGUUGUCGGUUGGGGCACUGCCUCGAUUAACAGCAACUGGUCAUGGCGAUCCAUCACCUUUAUCCAGGCCGUUCCAUCCAUCGUCCAGCUCUGCGGUAUCUGGUGGGUCCCCGAGUCUCCCCGAUUCCUUGUCAACAAGGACAAGCCCGAGCAGGCUCUUGCAGUCCUCGCCAAGCACCAUGCCGGCGGUGACGAGAACAACCCGACUGUGCAGUUCCAGUACCGCGAGAUCAAGCAAACCAUUCAGGCCGACCGCGCCGCCUCCAAGGCUACUAGCUACUCCGACUUUGUCAAGACCAGGGGCAACCUGUGGCGACUCGGCAUCAUCAUUUCCCUCGGUAUCAUUUCUCAGUAUUCUGGCAACGCUCUGUUCUCCAACUAUAUGGAUAUUAUCUACGAGGGUGCCGGUAUCAAGCAGCAGAACAAGAAGCUUGCUCUCUCUGCUGGCAAGACCAUUCUCGAUCUUUCCGUCUCCAUCGCUGCCGCCUUCUCUGUCGACAAGGUCGGUCGUCGUCCUCUCUUCCUCACUGCCAUUUCCGGUAUGGUCACGGCCUUUAUUAUGUGGACCAUCGCUGGUGCCAUCUACGAGAACUCCUCAGUCCCUACUCCUCCCACCGAUGACCAGCCUGAUGGUGGUGUCGAAUACACCAACACCAGCUCCGGAUACGCUCAGAUCGCCUUUAUCUGGCUGUUUGGCAUCUUUUACGAUAUCGGCUUCUCGGGUCUUCUCGUCGCCUACGCCCUUGAGAUUCUCCCCUUCCAUCUCCGUGCCAAGGGCAUGAUGAUCAUGAACAUUGUCGUCCAGGCUAUCCUCGCCAUUGGAAACCAAACAAACAAGCUCGCGUGGAACAACCUCCCCAAACACUGGCACUUUAUGCUCUUCUACACCCUCUGGGACUUUUGCGAGUUGAUCUUUGUGUGGUACUUCUACAUUGAGACCAAGGGCCCCACCCUUGAGGAGAUUGCCCGCAUCUUCGACGGCGACGACGCUGUUGCCCACAUCGAUCUCGCCCAGGUCGAGAAGGAGACCAACCUCGUCCGCCAAGAGGAGGACAUUAACUUUGACAGCCUCUACCUGAGCUUUUAA